CUUUAGUCCCCAACGCCAUUUUCUUGUCGGCGUCAGCGGGGACAAGACGGCCCUCUAACGCCGCUCAAAAACGGUCAAAACUAUUAGAUUCACCGUGAGAUUACGCGAGGAAUCCGACUCGCCACAUGAGUUAAUGAACUGUCUGCUCCUCAAUGCAUACGCUCACAACGAAGUUGGUGUAGCUAUCCCCCGCUCGAAGAUGGACGACGGCGCGGCGAGGGAAGUUGCCUGCCGAGAGUAUCAGUCUUCGCUAGAAGACCUCACGUUCAACAGCAAGCCACACAUCAACAUGCUGACCAUUCUGGCCGAGGAAAACGUCAACUUCGCCAAGGAUAUCGUCGCGAUAAUUGAAGCACAAAUAAGCAAGGCCCCAGCAGCCGAGAAGCUUCCAGUUUUGUACUUAGUGGAUUCCAUAGUGAAGAAUGUUGGAGGAGAGUACGUCGCUGUGUUUGCUAAAAACCUAAUCACUUCAUUUAUAUGUGUCUUUGAAAAGGUGGAUGAGAACACCAGAAAGAGUUUGUUCAAGUUACGAUCGACAUGGGAUGAAGUGUUCCCUCUGAAGAAACUGUACGCGCUUGACGUGCGGGUCAACUCCGUGGAUCCGGCGUGGCCAAUCAAGCCUCUGCCGCCAACAGUCAAUGCCAGCAUUCACGUCAACCCAAAGUUUUUAAAACAGUCUGAGGAGACCCCUCCACGGCCUACCCCCUCCCAACCGCCUCCGCCGAUAAUCCAACCCAGUUUGACCCAAGAGCAGCGGAUCAGACAGCAACUAUUGGCCAAGCAGAAGCAGCUUCUUGAGCUUCAGCAGAAGAAGAUUGAGCUGGAACUGGAGCAGACCAAAGCACAGCUGGCUGGAGGAUUUUCUAUACUACCAAACUCCCCUCUCGCGGCAUCCCCGAAGCCAGUUGGCCAGCCCACCCCUGUGGUUCGACCCCUGAUUGCUCCCCAGCCCCCAAGUGACCCAAAGUUACCCACUAGAGACCCACGUCUGAACCGCACAGGACCCCCAGUUGUCUCUAAAAGCAAAGAGCAACCUGCUGGGAAAAGGGAAGUCCCUCCUGCCAUAGUAACCCCUGUUUUCACGCCAGAAAAACCAGCAGCAGAAAAACCGUUCCAUUCACAAAAGGUAUGGACUCCCAAAAAGGAGGAGAAGCCCAACAUAAAGUCUCCUCCAAUGAUUAAAAAUGUCCAGAGUAAAAACAAGCAGGCUGAGGUUGAGAACCUAAAGUCUGCAGACAACUCAAAGAAAGACCCCCGGUUGAAGAAACGUCCCCUGGACAAGGCCGAAGAUGACAAAGUGGACGAGCAGAAGGAGAAGAAAAAAUGUGGCGACAAACGAGACGAGCCGACGCGGGUGCCCGAGCUGCCAAAAGCCUACAGAGGAAGGCUGCAGAACGGCUUGGGGAUCAAGCGUGAAAGCAGCGUGUCUGCGGAGAAGAUCGGCGGCAAUGCCCGGACACACGCCAGGAAACGCACACACUCAAGGUCCAGAUCCCGCUCUCCCUCCUCGCCAAAGAGGAAAGGCAGGAGGUCGUCACCCAAGAGCAGAACCAGGAGUACCUCCUUGUCCCCGUCACGCAAGGCAGGUAAAUCCAGGAGGGCCAAGGGUGAUGAGCCACUGCACGUAAAGAAUAUGCGGGAUGAGCGACCGGCGGCCAAGAAGGACCAGGCGGAGAGCAGGCGCUCCAAGACGCCGGUGGACGAUCGUCCCUCCAAGACUCCGGCGGACGAUCGCACUUCCAAGACUUCGGUGGAUGAACGGCGGUCCAAGACUCCGGGGGACGACCGGCGGUCCAAGACUCCGGCGGACGACCGGCGGUCCAAGACCCUGGGGGACGACCGACGCUCGAAGACUCCUGCGGACGACCGGCGGUCCAAGUCCAGAGACUCACCACGGAACCAGGAUGGAGGCAGCAAACAGGCCAAAGAUGCUCCUUCACGCUGGCGGAGUGGCUGGGAUGAGAACAAAAACACUUCCAGUCUUAAGCCAGGAGACUCUCAUGACAAGCUUGGACCACAGAGGCAUAAAACCUAUAGCACUCCAACACGGCCCACCACCCCUCGUACCCCGAAACAUCGUCUCAGUGUGGAUGCCAACCUUCAGAUACCCGAAGUCCUCAACACCGCAACUAAGAAAGACCUGCUCAGAAUGGCAAGCAAGAGCCUGGAGAGCGGUGAAAUUUCGCAGGAGGACUUCCUGAACAUGGCUCACAAGAUCAAGAACUUCUUCCAGUAUCAGGAGGAGAAGCAACAGCAUCCAGAAAGUUGGGACCCUGCCGCCAACUUUCCUGGCAAGAAGACAUUGAUGGCCUCGCCUCCCGAGUCCUUUGACCAGGCUCAGUUGACGUACUUUGAGCACAAGUCCAAGCUAAAGAAGACACAGGUAGCUCAUCGCUCCUCCGGGGAAGGCUGGGACGGUCUCGAGGAAUGCGAAGGGCCAGGCCGGGCACCGCGGGAAUUGGGUGAGGCAACGAUCAAUCGGCCAGCAGCCAGAAUAUUAUUAUGCAUGUGUCACUCUAAAGUUGUUUGUUCAUUAACAGACGAGAGGAGAAGCUUAGAACGCGAAGAAUCCCGACCGCCGUUGGCACCAAUGAUAGAGGAGUACAACCACGGCAAAGAGUUCCCCGCCCUUAAAUCUCUGCCAGGUCUUCGAUUCAGGAGGAGGGCUGACCCCAGAGAGUCCAGUGAAAGAGAGUGGAACUCGCCCUUGACUGAGCGUCAAUGCGAGGAGCACAAGAGCGGCUACGACGCUCCGCGGCGGUACGUCCCGUCAGCAGAGUCUAGGCACCAGGACCCUCGGCAUCUGGACGGACCCUCCCACCCCGGCGCUCUGGUUCCCAGGAACUGUCCGAGCCCAUCUGCUCUGGAAACUCCACUCCCCAUGUUUGAGCGUGAACGCCUGUCGCCGCUUCACCAGAAGGACAUGGCCGACAUGAGCCCUGCGCCGCGCUUUGAGAGUCCAAACAGCGAACACUCUGAUGAUGGGCCGCUCCCUUCUGAAGUUCCCCUCGCCCCUCAAUCGAUCCUCCAGGGUCCUGUGCUUGGUGCAUUGUUGUCUAAUAUUCAUCAGUUGAGUAAUUCCCCUGGACACACCCCUCCCCACGAAGGAGGCCCCCCACCUCCCCGGUUUGAUGCUCCCGGACACAUGGGCCCAUCGAGAGCGCACCCGCCAGGCUGGUACAAUGAGCCGUCCCACUUUGAGGGUCCGCACCAAGGUAUGCCCCUUCAUCACAACAUGCCAGAGAGGUUUAACGGACCACACGUACCACAGGGAUCAUUGAUGAGCACGGACAAUAUGGGCCGCUUUGACGGUCCUUUGGGCCCCACAAGGUUUGACGGACCAGGACCUGGAAACUUUGACAAUCCAGUCCAGUGCUUUGACAACAACCUGGGACCCGGUCCUGUACCAAUGGCCUUCCAGUCGCAGCAGCGACCAAUACCCUUUGAAAACCCCGGAAUGCGUCUGGAAGGUUCUGCUGGUCCAAUGUGUUUUGAGGGACCCGGCCAGCCGGGACCCCGCUUUGACAUGCCUCUCUUUGAGGGCCAGCAGGGUCCCCCCAGGUUUCCACCUCAAAUCAACAUCCCCAUGCGUCCCAUGCCCCCUCCCAUGUACGACAACAACCUCCAGCCUGCGCAAAACUUCGCAAUGGCCCCGCAAGCGUUCCCGGAGCCCAUCAACCCUCAAUUCCACCCUGCACCGAUGGGUUUCCCCACGCAGCCCGCGGCUAACUUCAACAUGCUGCCCGGGCCUCCGUUCAGCCAGCCGGGCUCCGCCCCAUUCUUCAACCCCACUGUUGCUUCCGGUAACAUGCAGCAGCCGGUGAAUGUGUUGAACAUGAACCAGCCUUUCUUGCCUCAGAACGCAGCGCCUUUUGCACAGCCAGCAGCUCCCCAAUUGCCCCCUGCAGAGAACCACUUUGGUCAAGUCGACGUCAACGACUUGCUUUCUAAACUCAUCUCCACCGGCAUCAUCAAAGGGUCACAGCCCGACCCGACAGCCUCCACCACCGCGGAGUUAUCUUCAGCAGCACCAGAGGCGCCUCAUGUCGAGGAGGAAGAAGAGGAGGAGGUCGAGGAUGAUUUCCCCGACCUCACCAACUUCAAGCUCGACGACAUGAAACAACGUUAUGAGAGCGUGGUGACCAAGCUGUACUCGGGGAACCAGUGCUGCCUGUGCAGCAUGAGGUUCACCGUUGCGCAGACCGACCUGUACGCCGACCACCUGGACUGGCACUUCAGGCAGAACCAUGCCGGCAAGGUGGCUGGCAAAAAGAUCACGCAUCGCCGCUGGUAUUAUGGCCUCAGGGACUGGGUCGAGUUUGAGGAGAUCGCCGACUUGGAGGAACGGGCCAAGAGCCUGUUCUUUGAGAAGGAGAGCGAGGAGGAGGUUCAGAAGAGCCAGGCAGCGGCCAAAGAGAAGGAGUUCCAGAGCGUCAAGGCCGCCAAAGACCAAGUCGCAGAGUUGUGCGAGAUCUGCCAGGAGCCUUUCGAGACAUACUGGGUGGAGGAAGAGGAGGACUGGUUCCUCAAAAACGCCAUCAGGGUUGAUGAUAAGAACUUCCAUCCUUCCUGCUUCGAGGAUUAUAAAAAUACAUCUUCGUACAUGGACAUGACGCCGUCGCCCAACAAGGUGCUGAGCGAACACCCGCUCGGCAGCUUUAUAAAGGCAGAGGAAGACGAGGUUCCUCAGUCAUGCGCUGUCGCCGCCUCGAUCAAGCAGGAAGCUGAUUCCGAGGAGGACGAAGGAGAGCGCGAUGUGAAGACAGAGGAAAAAGAGGAGCCUCUUUUAACUGACGUGCAAUCAGAAGAGAAGAGACUGUGAGUAGCUUAUGGGCUGCGCUUUUUCUUUGUUUUGAAGGAAAAAGUUUUUGGUUGGUCGGCGAUUAACUUGAAUACAUUUUGGUAUUUGUGCCGAGUACGUCACACUGUUGCUUUGAAAUGUUUCCUUUUCGGGCUCAAUGUGUAAAUGGUUUAAUUUAUACAUUAAAGUAUUUUUGGAAUCUCUGGCGUACCAGUGAUUUGAAUGGAACUGGUGUCACCUUGUUCCUAUAACUCCUCAUUUGGAUGAUUUGAUGACGGGCAGUUGCAGGGGUUGAGUUGUUUGUGGCCGCGAUGAAGGUAAGCGUCAAUCUUAUUGAUCCAUGGAAGAGCACCUGAUCAAAACAAACUUGCGGGGCACUUAUUGUUUUUUUUUUGUUUUGUUUGGUGACAUUUUUGGGUGUAGUUUCAAUAAAGGUUCAGAAACUUUUUUUGUGUGAUUGCUCUUUGGUUUAAUUGUUCUGCUUUAACGUUAAAAAUAAAGUUAAUCUGAAUUUAA